AUGGCUCGGCGCCUGAUCCCUCCCAGAAACUACACCACUCCUCGUUUCCCGUCGCUCAACGUCAAUACCCUCUUCGACUCCACGCCCGACAAACGAUAUACGCUCUACUACAUUGGCGAUGUUUGGCGCUUCACGGUCAUAUGGACACUCAUCACCUUUGCGCUCUUCCACCUUGGCGCCGUGUUCAUCGCGCUGUUCACGCACGGGUGGAAGAAGUCAUCGUGGAAGUAUCUCUGGUUGACGCCGAUCAUCUACUUGGGGGUCGCCGGGCUUGAGGCUCUGCUCUCUGGAACCAUCGUUGGGGUCAUGUCAGUUUUGAAAGGGAUGUACAAGGCGGAGAUGUGUGCUGACUGUUGGAGCAGGCUUGGCGCCGUUUACCAGGCGGGAUACUACGAGAUGAACACCUGGAUCCCCUGCACAUGGGGGUUUAUCAAUGUUCUGACGCUGAUUAUCUCUUCCUUUUCGAUUCAAGGCGGACUAUGA